AUGGGUAUGGUUGGUAUUGGUCAGGAUAUAACGGAGCGCAUCGCUCAAGAGCAAGAGUACAGCCGUCUGAUUGACACAGCCAACGCGCCGAUCUUUGGCGUGGACAUUAAUGGACGUGUGAACAUCUGGAACCGCAAGGCUGCUGAUAUUAUGCAGUAUACGAAUGAAGAUGUGCUAGACAAGGACCUAGUUGCCGAGUUUAUCUCGGAGGAAUACAAGGUGCCUGUGCGCAGCGUUCUUGAGAAAGCGUUCGAAGGUGUAGAGACGGCGAAUUUCGAGUUCCCAUUGAUCACAAAGGCUGGACGUCGUGUAGAAAUCUUACUGAACGCGACGCCGCGCUACAACGAGCAUGGCGAGGUGAUGGGUAUGGUUGGCAUCGGUCAAGAUAUUACAGAGCGUAUUGCCCAGGAACAAGAGUACACGCGUUUGAUCGACACUGCCAACGCGCCGAUCUUCGGCGUGGAUGCCAACAUGUGUGUGAAUAUCUGGAACCGGAAAGCAGCCCAGAUCACGAACUACUCGAUUGAGGAAGUUUUGGGCGAAAACCUGGUAGAAACGUUCAUCUCUCCCGAGUUCCGGCCUAUUGUCGCCGAAGUAUUGUCACAGGCACUGAAAGGUGUUGAAACGGCAAACUUUGAGUUCCCGUUGAUAACACGUCCCGGCACACGAAUUGAGAUCUUACUAAACGCGACACCUCGGUAUGAUUUAAGCGGCAACAUUGUCGGUGUUGUCGGGAUCGGUCAGGACAUUACGGACCGCAUUGCUCAGGAACACGAGUAUUUCCGACUGAUUGACACCGCGAAUGCUCCAAUUUUCGGUAUCGACACAAAUGGUCGUAUUAACGAAUGGAACCAGAAGAUCGAGGAGAUCACAGGCUAUCAUAAGUCAAGCGUUCUUGGCCUUUCGCUUGUUCACACAUUCAUUACACCGGAAUGUCGACAACAAGUUCGCCAGCUACUCAACCAAGCACUAAUCGGCAUUGACGUGGGUGAAAUGGAGCUUCCAAUAACGACGAAGCGUGGUGUGUUCUUACUGCUUCUUGUAAACGCGUCGAGUAAGAAAGAUAUGCAUGGAAACAUCCGUGGUGUGAUCGGUGUUGGACAAGAUUACACCGCAAGGAAGCACAUGGAGGCUGCUAAGGUGAAUUUCUUGGCCUCGUUUAGUCAUGAGCUGCGAACACCGCUAAACGGCGUAUUGGGAAUGCUCGAGCUGCUGAAGGAGCAGCCCCUCGAUAAAUCUAUUGAGAGGUAUGUACACAUGGCGUACGUGUCUGGAUCUCUCUUGCUAAACCUGAUCAACGACAUUUUGGACUUGUCAAAAAUUGAAGCUGGGCAUUUGGAAAUUUCGACGGCACCAUUUCAGAUGCACGAUCUGCUGGACUAUUCGAUCGAAAUAUUCAAGUUCAAAGCUCGAGAACGCGGACUUCAGCUUGAGCUGAAGUGUGGGGAUAAUGUACCAAAGGUCGUGAUUGGGGACGUUGUGCGCUUGCGCCAGGUUUUGUUGAACUUAUUGUCGAACGCAAUCAAGUUCACGAAUGAAGGCUCAAUCACGGUUGCGUGUAGCGUGGUGCACUCUUCUGAGUUACCACAACAAUUCAAGAAAUUGCUCUUUCAGGUAAUCGAUACAGGCAUUGGCAUGGAUGCAGAGGAAAAGAUGCGUCUCUUUUCGUUGUUUACAAAACUGGAGCGUACGCGACAGAACAACCCGACUGGCUCUGGUUUGGGUCUCGCAAUUUGCAAACAGCUUGCGGAGCUUAUGGAUGGAUCCAUCGAUGUUGAUAGCGAGCUGGGCGUCGGAAGCAACUUUUUCUUUACGGUGAUUGUGAGAUUAAUUGACGAGGUAGAUCCAAAGCACGCGUUUUACUCAUGUGGAGAUUGCACGGAACCGUCACUGGCGUUGUUGUCACCGGAUAAAGCUGGCGACAGCAGUGAAGUGUCCUCAGUACGAGUAGAGGUCCCAAGUCAGGCCCGCAUUUUAGUCGUUGAAGACAAUGAAUUCAACUGGGAAGUAGUGAAAUGUUUCCUUCAGCAAGACGAUCACUUGCUGCAGUGGGAAGUAAACGGUCGCGAUGCUGUGAAGGCUUACAGUGAGAACCAUACGGAGUUUGAUUUGGUAUUCAUGGAUUGCGAAAUGCCCAUAAUGGAUGGCUACACUGCCACGGCUACAAUUCGCGAGUAUGAGCAGGAACACAAUCUUCCACGCAUCCCAAUUCUCGGCUUGACUGCCUACGCCAUGAGUGGUGAUCGACAAAAGUGCCUCGACUGUGGCAUGGACGAGUUCAUGGUAAAGCCCAUCUCAAAGUUAAGUCUUCGUAAGGCGAUUCGGCAGUGGAUGCGUAUUCGCUAUCUCGGCGAGUACUCUGGUGCACUGGGAAACGUCCCUGGUUUCACAGGUCGAUCGCAAAACCCUGUGAAUCUGCAGAACAGGUCUGAUCCUAUGGCUAAAAGCUCAGUGCGAAUCUCCAUUCCGCCACUGAAUGCCCUCACUUCAACGUCAUCGUUCGGGGGUGACCUCGAGGAUGUCACACUUACGGGCGCAGUAUCAACUGCUAGACUCGCACCAGCAUCACGUCACAUGCAACAACUGGAUCUCGCUCAAGCUAUUUCGAAUUUGGAGCUUGACGAUCCUAUGUCGAUUGGUCUGCAAAGUGGCGGGGCCGUUCGAACAGCGACACCGACGACCUCGAUCUUUAGCCUGGGGCCGUCGGUAAAUAAUAAUGCGUCACGAACGGCGACCUCAAACGAGUUGCCGGAUUUGCUCCGGUUAUCAAGGAACACUAGCUGUACUUCUACAAUAAUGAGCCCCCCAGGACAGGAGAAGCACUCGUCUGAGACGUCAGCCACACUGCCUUGUAUCAAACUACCCUUUGCAGAGGGCACGACAAGCUCAGUUCUCGGUGAAGUGCGAUCUUCGUUGCCUAUAAAUCCAACGUUGUGGAGCCAUCCCCCGUUCAAUAAAAAAGACCUACCAACAGAGGAACCGGUCUGUUGGUCUGGACUCGCACCGAAGAAGAAGGUCAGCUUUCACGAAAACCUCGACUACGAAUCAAGCCAAUUGAGCACCAAAGAAGCGUACAGUACAAGUAGUGGUUGUGGCAUGCCAUCACUUUUGGAGCGCAUGGAAACUAGCAGCUCUGUCGACGACGAUGGUUCAGCUGCAGCUGCUGGCUUGCGUUCGAUUGAUCCGAUGGCCAUUGAGAUCCCCGAAGGAGACCCUGUGAACUACUCACUGGGAGUGGAUCAGUGUGGAGGACAAGAAGGGCUUUUCUUGAUGCUAUUGGAGAAGUUUGCGACAACGUUGGAGGCCAUCAUGUCCCGAGUUAUUAAAGCUCACGAAUGCAACGACUUUGCUACUGCUCGUCGUGAGGCUCAUUCGCUCAAGGGUUCAUCUGCCUAUGUCGCUGCCCUGCGCGUGUCCAAGUGCGCCUUCCGCGUUCAAGUUGCGUAUGAGCGGUUGAUAGCACAGCAGGUUAACGGCGAGGGUGCCGACACCUUGGCUGCGAAGGAGGUCGUAGACGACUCUGUGCGGUUACUCACGAAGGAGCAGAGGCUACUGCGCGGGUAUCUUCGCCGCAACUUCGAGUUCAAGUCCAGGUCAAACGCGUCUCAGGUGAGUUCUGGUGAACGUGGCAGUCAAGAUAAAGACAACGGCUCCUGCCGUGUGAUGUGA